AGGAUCUUGGUGCUACGGUGUCAAGGCGCAGUCAGCAAUCUAAACAUAUAUACACAUAUACAUCGAAAUGAAGGCCGAUCAACUAAAUCGCUUUGUGCGCACCAAUGGACGCCAGAAUCUUUGGCUGCUGCGCAAUACAAACACAAUUUACGAGCAGGCAGUAAAGUCUUACUAUCAACGCAGCAACUCCUUGUUGCCCUACAAUCCGACUUCGCAGGAGCAGAAGAAGCGUGAGGAGAAUCGCGCGCCCGUGCGCACCUUGACAUCACAACACGAUCGCAGCUCAUUGCCAGAGUAUCCACGGAAUCACAAGCAGAUGACGGAACAAACGACGGCGGCCAACUCCGGCAAUCUGCUGAGCACAGUGAUGCAGGCAAAUCGUCGACGCUCCAUGUCCUUCACCGGCAGCAGCCUGCGUGAUUACAUCUAUCCCGAUAGCAGGCACAAAGAGAACAUCAGCGACAACAGCAACAACGACAAAUUGAGAAAUAGUCAACAACAACAACGAGGCACAAGUUUGACACGAACGAACACGAAAACGAAAACGACUACGGGAAUGGGAAUGGGAACAGGAACAGGAACGGGAACGGCAACGGCGACAUCGUCGGGCAGCGGCCUCGAUGUGGUUGAGCAACUGGACCUGGGCAUCCUGAGUGGCCGUUCGAUCAGUUUGCCGCCGCGCUCUUCGCUCGACUUGGGCAACGUUGAUUUGGCGGUGCGCAAAGCGAAGAAGCCGCCCUGCCACAAGCAUCACAUCGAUGCCAUCGAAAAGUCCACCACAGCGGCGGUGGCAGCGCUGGCGCGGCACAGGCAACGCAAGACGAGCAUCGACAAGCUGGACAGCGAGCAGCUGAUGGCCAUCGAUGAGACACUGAAGCAACGUCUCGCCGUCCGCUUUGACCGUGAACGUGAACGUGAACGCGAGAAGCGUCCGGCGGAGCCCAAUGUUGUUGCUGCCCGCAUGUUGUCGGCACGUCCGCCGGCCAAAUCAGCUGCAACCACAACGACGACAACAACUGCCAACAACAAGGAGCAGACACGCUUCCAAACCCUCGGCGAGCGUAUUCGGCAAUUCGAGUGCAUGCAAUUUGCCAAUGGACCGGCGGCAUUUCAGGCCUUCAGUCGCCGCCAGGGCCAUGGCAAUGGACGCGUCUCGCUGAUGGGCAACAAGCACAUACCGAAGCAGCAGCCAUGCCUGAGUUUUCGCAAUGUGUUGCACACGAAUCACAGGCAGCGCUGCCUGCUCAGUUCCCAGACGCAGACGCGUUCGCAGUCGGUGAGCUCGUCGCUGCCAUUGGCGCCGGCCAAGGCCAAGUCGCGUACGAAAACGCUGAAGCGGUCCCCAGAGCCGACGCUAAUGACCAGCUGGCGACCGCAACAGCAGCAGCAGCAGCAUCAGCAACAACAGCAACAGCAGCAGCAGCGGCAGUUGCAGCCAAGUCCAGCGGCGCCGUCAUCGAUCAUACGCUUCAAUCAGGCUAAACUCAAGCGCAGCAAGUCGAGGCGUUACAUCAAGACAGCUGUCAGCAGCAGCAGCGGCAGCAGCAACAGCAGCAGCAGUCAGAGCAGCAACCGCUUCCUUAUCCUAGAUGGUCCACGUCAGUCGAAACCGAGCAAGAUGAAGGCCAACACGGCCAAGGAACACGCGACAAUUGGUGCCAGCAAUCAUCUUAGUCGCAGCAGCCACAUGCCCUACAUCAAGCACUGCAGCAACAAGUUGACGGAUUCCCCGUCCCCGUCCCCAUCAAAUGCUCCAAAUGGUGGCAAACGUCUCGCCGAGCAGCUGAGGCAGCCUGAGAGUGAACGCAAGGUGUUGCCGCAGCGUAAGAUGUUGGAGGAGCUGCCCAAACAGCCGCUGAUGGCCAAGGGGGCGCAUCAUCUGUUGGCGGCCAGUGCAUCGCAGGUCUCGGCCUAUCGGCGUGCGUUCAAGAAUCGCCAGCAAAUCCUGCAGGCGGAACUCUUUCACGUCUAUGCACAUGAUCAGCCGCAACAACUGUUGUCAAGCAAAACGACCCUUAAGCCGAAGUCACCGCUGCCAAGACAGGCCAAAUCAGUCCCCCAAACACAAGCCUCAUCCACAAUUCCAAUCACAACAACAUCGACAGUCCCAUCUCCAUCUCCAUCCACGAUCGCAAAUCCUUCACCAAUUCCAAGCACAUCCCUAACACAGACAAAGAAGGAGGAAGCCAAGGUGACGCCGCCCAAGCCGCUGGUCCAGCACAAUCCGACACCUCCCCCCGAGUCAGUGACAAUGACAGUGAAAAAGACCAAGGUGGCCAAGACCAAUGCGAGUGCUCCGCACGCGUCUAGCAGCCUGACGACUUUGCCAGAGCUGGCAACCGAGACGAGCUACAUGGUCAUCGAUGCAAAGCCCAAAUGGUCGCCGGUGCUGCAGCAACAGCAGCUGCAUCAGCAGCUCCGACAGCGUCGCCAGCAGCCCUACGACAGCCUCUGGCGUUACAAUUAUUGAAAGCCAAGUGAAACAAUAGAAGUGGAACGAAAAGCAGCGAAAUGGAAUGAGCCACAAAUAAGUGAGCUAGGAGUAAAUGGAAUGGAACGAAAAGGAAUGAAUCGGAAUGGAAUGAGACGAAAUGGAAUGAAACGAAAUGGAAUGAAACGAAAUGGAAUGAAACGAAAUGUAUUGAAACGAAACGGAAUGAAACGUAAUAGAAUGAAAGAAAACGGAAUGAAAUGAAACGAAACGGAAUGGAAUGAAACGAAA